AUGGGCCACACACUGAGAGCUACAACACUGGUACACCUCCCACCAGAGCUUUUGUACCUUAUACUGUCACCUCUUGACGCAUACGACCUAGUACGGGUACGACAGACGUGCAAAGCGCUGAAAGUUAUGAUCGACAAUUCGGAGAUGUUACAAUAUGUUAUCGACCUCAGCUAUUUCCAAAUGAUUCCAAUGGGAACCUCCGAAAUGGAUGUCCCACCAGCUACAUGCCGCAAACGACUGAGACAACAUGACGCUGCAUGGCAACGCUUCGAGUACAAGCAGAAGUGCACGCUCCCCUCAAUGAUGCUGGGUCCUAUAUUUGAAUUUUUGGGUGGUGUAUACGGCUCUGCUGGGGAAGGCUGCAUCCACUUUACGCGUCUACCAUCCGCGACUGAUUCCAAUGAUCUACAUUGCUGGAGUCACCCUGUUGACGCCACGACCUCGGUGGACUUCACUUUCUGUGCUGCGCAAGAUCUACUUGUCGUGGUGGCAUAUUCACCAGACCCCCGGACUCAUGCAUACGAUAUCCAUCUGAGGUCACUGACAACAAACGACGUUCACACCGAUGCAGCGCAACCAAUCCUGAAGGCACUCGACAAGGAUAUCAUUGACCGCGAAAUAAUCCAAUCCACCAGCCCUGUGAGCGUCCAAAUCAUGGGGAACUACAUUAGUAUGCUGCUGUGGGGUGUUGUGGUAAAUGAGGGCAUGGUCGGAGACUAUAUGCAAAUGUGGUUCAUUCUUUGGUUUCACAAUGGUAUCAACGACUGCUCCUUCAUUGCAGAGGAUAAAUUCCUCGUGCUUGAUUCCCGAGGGACCGUGGAGAUAUAUCACGUUGCCGACAAAUCGAAGCCCCCUCAAUGCACCGCGAAAUUCUUUUUGCCUUCUCUCAUGAAUCACGUUUCAUACACAGAGGCAUUCGCGGGCGAAAAUAUAAUUCCUGGCUCCAUGCCUCCAUAUUCUCGAAAGUCCUAUCAACCUUCAUGUUCAUUUCACCCCAGUACGAACGAUCAACUCAUAGCCAUUCAUGUCUCCGUCACUGGGACAAUGGAUACGAACACAUUCGAUAUCCACCGCUAUAGCUUCUUUAUCCUGCGCAGUGCCAUUCUAGAACUCGAAAGUUUAUUCGCCAGGACUUACGGCCAACCGACCUUGAAUGGUCCCAAGUUGCUUUGGUCAACGUGGGGGCCACAGCAUACGACGUGGUUCCGGGUUCAAAGGAAUGAGGACUGGCAGUCUUCACUCUAUGGUUUCCGUGUUGUUGAGCCCAUCAGCGACCCUUUUGAAGUGUCACGCGAGUCCCGACGGUUACGCAUCAGGGAUUUCAAUCCACACAUCGCUCGGAAUUAUCACGCCCAAGAUAAAUUAGACUGGCGUGGUCGACUUGUGGAAGGCGAGCUGACUAGUACCAUUUCUUGCCCAUUUACGGAACCGCUAGGAUCUGCGCUGCCUUAUCGCGAGAUCGUUAGCGAGGGGUUGUUUGAUGUGGACGAUACUUUAAUGGACGAAAGUAGAAUUUUGCUACUGAAAAAGGAUGAAUUUGAAGAAUUGCAACAGAUCGACGUAUUGGUAUUCUGA